AUGAAGUCUUUCAUAGGUGAUAGUUCUUGGCUAGCUCUAAGACUCCUGCUUCUUCACUUGAUCACAUCUCCUGUGCUCAGUCAGAGUACAGGUCUUGCAAUUGACUACUGGCAGACUUCUCCUUGUCCACAGCCUUGCAACAUUGCGGGACCUGACCCAUCGCAAUGGAAAUACUAUCAUGAUGCAAAUGCUCUGCAGAAAUGUAACGACACCACCAUCUUUCAAAUGAACCUGUACAAUGCUGUUGCUGAUCCCAACACCCAUGUACUCUAUCGAGCCUGCACUGCAUCUCAGGCUGUGACGAGCUCCCGUUCGCCAUUGCAAAGGAGGCAAUUUCUGGCUCUCAAUGCGACUGCUCCUACGGAGGUUCAGGCUGAGAUUGAUGUCGCUUCAUGGGGUACAUCUAGCUCCUCCACUUAUUUCCCGUCUAUCUCAUCUUCCAUCAGCCAGUUGACUGAAUAUAUACAUGGAAAUUCCAAAUUUUCUACCUCUCUCUUCGCCCGUUCAGGUGAUGUUGUGGCAGGCAUCUAUCUGGGAGAGCAGAUUGAUCCAAGCAUAGUGUCGGAGGUUGCUCAGAGAUUUAUUCAACAUACCGACUCAGGGACCUUUGAGGCGUGA